UCUUUUACCGAGACCCGCCAACAUGGGCCGCGUUCGCACCAAGACUGUGAAGAAGGCGGCCCGGGUCAUCAUCAAGAAGUACUACACGCGCCUGGGUAAUGACUUCCACACCAACAAGCGCGUGUGCGAGGAGAUCGCCAUUAUCCCCAGCAAGAAACUCCGCAACAAGAUAGCCGGCUAUGUCACGCAUCUGAUGAAGCGGAUUCAGAGAGGUCCUGUGAGAGGUAUCUCUAUCAAGUUGCAGGAAGAAGAGAGAGAGAGAAGAGAUAACUAUGUUCCCGAGGUCUCAGCUCUAGAUCAGGAGAUUAUUGAGGUAGAUCCUGACACCAAGGAAAUGCUGAAGCUUCUGGACUUUGGCAGUCUCUCCAACCUGCAAGUCACUCAGCCUACAGUUGGGAUGAAUUUCAAAACACCACGUGGAGCUGUUUAAGUCUGUUCUGUCUAUUUUCAAUAAACCUGAAAACAAGCCUGAAAAAAAAAAAAAAAAAAG